UAGUUUUAUAUUAUGACGUGAAAGGAAUGAAUACAAUGAUUUAAAUAUAUAUGAAGAAGAAUCAUUAAUAUACAGGAGUGUUGUAAUAGAUGUGGGAAACGGAACUUUUAAAUCGGACAGCUGUCUUAAUAAUAUAGAACGGUCAUACAGUCAACUGGGGGCCAACCGCGAAAAUCGAAAUUCGCAAAUUGCGGGGAUCUUUCUCUUUUACUCUCACUAAGACAUAAUUAGAGUGACAGAGAAAAAUGCCCGCAAUGACGAAUUAUGAUUUUCCCGGUAGCCGCCCUGGUCCCCUAAAAGUAGUUUAACAUGUUCUUAUAAUCCAAAAGAAUUUAUUGGGAUACAAUUCUGCCCUAAGAUUUGUAGAUGGAAACAACCCUAUUAAGCAUGGUGUGUAAAGCGCUUUAGCCGGCAAUUAUUUAAAAUCGCUUGCCAUAUGUUGCAACGUUUGUCGAACCCUUAACGGAUUUUAACUAUGAUUUACUUUUGUAUUUUUGUGCUGUGCUGGCUACCAUGCUUUUAUCUCAUUAGCCCAGCGACCAUCAAGAACGAUAAAAUAUUCGUUCAUAUCACAUUUAGAAUGCUAUCUGUGCAAUGAUUUUCAAAAUACCGUUUAAAAAAAUAACGUGUAUUACAAGUUACAUAGCUAUUUAUUUGCCUUAUCAACGUGAUCAUUAUGAGUUUGAGAGACGACGAAUCAACCAGUGAUGACGAAGUAUUCUUCGGAAAGUUAAGUUUGAAAGAACUUAAACACAUGUUUUGUAUCCACCAAAAUAACGGACAAACUAUAGCUACUAACGAACAACUUGAGAAUGAUAAUCAUAAUAUGAGCCUAAAACUAACUCACUCUGAACCUGAUAUUACAUCGAAGCAUAAAGGUGAUGCAUCACCAGAAAACAUUCCAAAAUCACUGUCGAACACACCAUUAUCCCCUGACCAACCGAAUUUAUUCGCGAUCUGGGAUACCUCAAGUAUGGAGUUUGAUAAUACCCUUGAAGAAAUAGAAUACAUAUUGAACAACCCACCUAAAGCAGAGAAGAAAAAUACAGACAAUAAUUUUCACAAAGAAGCAGAAUUAGAGGGAAAUCAAAUUCCUAUCCAAGUGAAUAAAGAAAAAGUGACUUUGAAUGCAAAACCUUCAGCUGUAGUAACCUCUAUGAAGCAAGUCCAGAAAGAGAAAGAAGUAUUUGCUGCUUCAUCAUCUGUGCAACAUACAAAAGAAAAAGUGACUUUGAAUGCAAAACCUUCAGCUGUAGUAACCUCUAUGAAGCAAUUCCAGAAAGAGAAAGAAGUAUUUGCUGCUUCAUCAUCUGUGCAACAUACAAAAGAAAAAGUGACUUUGAAUGCAAAACCUUCAGCUGUAGUAACCUCUAUGAAGCAAGUCCAGAAAGAGAAAGAAGUAUUUGCUGCUUCAUCAUCUGUGCCACAUACAAAAGAAAAAGUGACUUUGAAUGCAAAACCUUCAGCUGUAGUAACCUCUAUGAAGCAAGUCCAGAAAGAGAAAGAAGUAUUUGCUGCUUCAUCAUCUGUGCCACAUACAAAAGAAAAAGUAACUUUGAAUGCAAAACCUUCAGCUGUAGUAACCUCUAUGAAGCAAGUCCAGAAAGAGAAAGAAGUAUUUGCUGCUUCAUCAUCUGUGCAACAUAAAAAAGAAAAAGUGACUUUGAAUGCAAAACCUUCAGCUGUAGUAACCUCUAUGAAGCAAGUCCAGAAAGAGAAAGAAGUAUUUGCUACUUCAUCAUCUGUGCGACAUACAAAACCCGCCUUAUGUAUAACACCAGCUAACCCUACAGUUUUCAAGAAGCCAUCCCCAUCCACAUCAAAAAAAACUCCUAGGAAAAACAAUGCAUUUCUACAUAUUGCUAGUCCUGUGGCAUACUACAUCAACAAUAGCCCAAAAAUUCCAUUGAUACAGAAUGUGUUCCCUAAGAAAAUCUUGCGAGGACUAUCAUCCAUUCCAAAGCUUGUGAAGAGUUCUGUAAGCAAGCCAAGUAAUAAAGAGAAUGUUAAUCUUCCUUCUGUUGCAUAUAAAAGUGCAAAAAAAAACCACUGUGAUUGAUGUAUCAAAUGCACCCAAGAUGCCAGAAAGUCAAUGGGCAAAGAAAUUGAUAAAGACAUUGCCAAGGCCUGCAGUCAUAAAACACACACACAGAGAAAAAGACUUUGCCAAUAAACAAUUACAAAGGAACCCAGAAGACAGUUUUGGUGACUUAUCACUCCAUCAAGCUGAUGUAUCGGUUUGUACUAAGAAAACUGCUUUCUAAACCUGGGCCUAUUUGUUACAUUGGCAAUAGAUAAUGUUUGACUGACUUAGUUUAUUUUAAAGUAUUUUUGACUUGUGUAUUAUUAGAACUGAUAUGAUUUGAAGUGUUUGAAUUAAAUGUUAUGUCAUUA